GUUGUCGCCCCCUCUUCAUCACCUUGCCCCGCCUUUCGGGUUUCCUUCUUCCCCCUCCAAGAUGGAGGCUUUAGGGGGCUACCCAGUCAAGUCCUCCGGGCCCAAAGUGAAGAAGUUGACGGUUCUGUUAAGUAUGACGGUCGGCGUGGGGUGCUUAUUCCUGCUCCAGACGCAGCUUCUGAAGCCUCGAAAACCGGUGGACUUUUAUUCCUUCGAGGUAAAAGACGCGAAAGGGAGAACGGUCUCUCUGGAGAAGUACCGAGGAAAAGCUUCCCUGGUUGUCAACGUGGCGAGCCACAGCGAACAGACGGAGACAGCGUACGGGUCACUUCAGGAGCUCCACAAAGAGUUGGGCACGUCCCAUUUCAACGUCCUGGCCUUCCCUUGCGGACAGUUCGGUGACACCGAGACCGGAACAAGCAGUUAUAUCGAGGCGUUCGCCAAGUCCACCUACGGCGUCACCUUUCCCUUCUUCGCUAAAAUCAAAAUAAUGGGUUCCGAGGUCGAACCGGCCUUCAAAUUCCUCACAGAUUCUGUGCAGAAAAUUCCCAAAUGGAACUUUUGGAAGUUUCUGGUGAAUCCCGACGGCAAAGUGGUGCGCUUCUGGCGAGCCGACGAACCGAUGGAGAGCGUGCGCCGAGAGGUGGCGGCGCUGGUGCGGGAGAUCAUCGUCAAAAAGCGCAUGGAACUAUGAGGCCUUUUUUAUUCUUCAAUUCUGACAAGACUGAACUGUACACCAAUCAUGACAUGGCUCCAAACAGUGAAGUGUGGAUGGAGAAAAAAAAAAGACAAUUAUGAAUUUUCUUCAACCACUCAUGGAUUUUAGGCCACUAAAUUGUAACCUGUCUCUGAAACAUCUCAAACAAAUGCUGUUGUUUUUUUUAUUAAAAUGUAUUUCUACAUCAA